GAGAAAUGAAUGGAAAGGAAGCUUUGACUCCUCGAGAAUUUCUGCGAAUAGCAGACUUUUUUGCCACUAAUGGAUACAGACUGGGCCCCAAAAUCGGCGAAGGAACAUACUCUAAAGUAAGAAUUGCUGAGCGGUCUAACAACGGGGAAUUUUUAGCAGUUAAGAUAAUUGACAAAAGAAUUGCGAAGAAAAGCUAUGUCACAAAGUUUUUACCAAGAGAACUGGAAAUUGCAGUUCUUGUGAAACAUCCAAAUGUUAUAUGUACGUACGAAAUUUUGCAUCAAGGAGAGCUAGUGUAUAUUAUAAUGGACUACGCUGAAAGGGGGGACUUAUUGCAGCUGAUCCAAACUUGCGGGGGUGUCUCCGAAAAGGAAGCAAAACGAAUGUUCAAAGAAAUGGCGGAAGCCGUAAAAUAUUUACACAAUCUUGGAAUAGCUCACCGAGAUUUAAAAUGUGAAAAUAUUCUGAUAAUGCGCGACAAGCGAAUAGCACUUUCCGACUUUGGGUUUUCACGGUUGUAUCUGGAUCAGCAGCAUGGUGACGUCACCAGUAAGACCUAUUGUGGCAGUAGAGCUUAUGCUUCCCCUGAACUUUUGCGUGGUGCUCCAUACGAUCCCAGAACUAACGACGUUUGGAGUCUUGGGGUUAUACUUUUUAUAAUGAUCUGCGGGAAAAUGCCAUUCGAUGACAGAAACCUCAAAUUAAUGCUGAAAAAACAAAUGUCUGAAGGGGUCACAGUACCAGAGACAGUGAAAACACAGGUCUCCUCAGAGUGUGUCAGGCUUGUUUAUCAAAUUCUGGAUCCAAACACAGAUUCAAGGCCAGGUGUUGUAGAUAUUCUGCAGAGUGAUUGGUUGAACUGAUAUUCUGUGUAUCAAAUGGAAAGAACUCAACAAGCGUAUUGGGGAUUAAUGAAAUCAAAUGCUUUUGUUUGGAUUGAUAAAAAAGGAAUGAUUUUCAUACAUGUCAACAGUUUUAUUACAGUGCAUUUUCAUAAUCCUGCCCAAUAUGCAUUUGGAUAUAUUUUUAAUAUUUUGUUGCAUACUUGAAAAAAAGGAUGCUAUUGUCCGUAAAUAUAUUUUUAGGCCAUCCUUUAAA